AAGAUUAUAAUAUAUUUUUCAGACGGACUGAACUAGGUUAUAAUGCCGAAGGAAAUGAUUACAGCUGUAAUGGAGAGGGCGCAGGGAGCACCCUGGGGCUUUGUUAUUGUUGGAGGCAAAGACCAGGCCUUGACAGUGAAACUAGGCAGAAUCAAGCCAUACAGCCCAGCUGAGAAGGCAGGACUUAAGGAGUGGGACUAUGUUUGGAGUAUUAACGGUCAGGAGGUGUUUGAGUUGUCUCACAGCACUAUUGUCAACAGCAUCAAGAACGCUGGAACCAGACUCGAGAUGGUGGUGGAGAGAGGAGAUCACAUUGUGCCAAACUUUGAGGAGAUUUGGCCCACCCAGAGGGAUAAGGAUGCCAAGUACAAGAGAAAUGCUAUUGGUAUGGAUUACUAUAUGGAUGCUAUGGAGAACCAUGGACUGAAGGGUCAUCUCCCCCAACCUGAGAACUUUACUACCUGUGGUAAACUUGGUAUUGAAAUCAACCAGUAUAACUGCCCUAUUGAGUGCUACGACGAGGCUGUGAUCGAGGAGAUGACGGAGGACAGGGAGAUGUUGACCAACCCUGACCUCGUCGAGCAGAGAAAGAAGCUCCAAACACAGCGUGGGGAGAAUCCUCUGAUCGCUCAGAAAAUGAUGAAAUUCAACCCUCAAGCCUCAAACGUCCUCAAUACCCUAGCAGCUGAGGAGGGAAGAAGCAUGAAAGAGAAGAUGACCCGGGCUGCCUAAACCGCCAUUUUCAACUUGCCAGCAAGGAAUUUUUUCCCGGGGAAGUCGUCUUUGUAUGAAGUAAUUAACAAAGUGAAAUCUCAAGAUUAUUUGCUCAUGUCCGUCAAUAUACAUUUAUAAAUGUCCAAUAAUCCUCAAAAAUAUAGCGAAAGCAUUGUAAAUAACCAUUUUACCCUAUCGUUAUUUUUAUAAAAUUAAAUCUUAAAAAUAAAA